AUGGGACCCAAAAUUAUGGGCUCCUGCUCCUGGUGGCCCCUGGUGGCGACCCCGGUGGCUUUGGGGACCCGCGGGGACCCCGUGGCCGUGCUGAGCCCCCUGCCCGCGGGGGUCUCCCUGCCCGGGGGAGGGUCUCCCUGCUGGGGGGGGUCCCCGCUGGUUUUGGGGGGGGGUCCCGGCCGCCCCUCGUGCCGGCCCGUGAACGUGACGGUGGCGCUGGAGAAGGACGAGUGUCCCCAGUGUCGCGCUGUCACCGCCACCGCCUGCGGGGGCUUCUGCCGCACCCGGGAGCCGGUUUACCGUAGCCCCCUGGGCCCCCCCCGCCAGGCCGCCUGCACCUACUCGGGGGUUCGCUACGAGCGCUGGAUUUUGGGGGGCUGCCCCCCCGGCACCGACCCCGCUGUCACCGUCCCGGUGGCCCUGGGCUGUCGCUGCGGCCCCUGCCCCAUGGCCAGCGCCGACUGCGCCGUGCUGGGGCUGGGACCCUCCUUCUGUGGGGCCCCGGGGGGGUUUGGGGGGUCCUGACACCCCCCCGACCCCAGGAAUGGGACCCCCACCCUAAAUAUAUGGGGUUUGGGGGGUAAUAAAACCUCCUGGCCGCCA